AUGACUGCUGUUGCUCAGAUAAAAAAGGUAGUUAUGCAACUUGCUUAUCAAAUUCAUGGCGGGAACUAUGGAUCUGAUAUAGCAUUGCUAUUUCUCGAAAAUGCUGUGGAACAAACCUCAGUUCAAAGAUCCGUUUGUGCAGACUGGAAUGCAGAGAAUCUGGAUGACCACUUAGUAGAAAACAACACAGGACAGAUCUUAGGAUGGGGUGUAACAGAAAAUGACACUCACAGCCAGUCACUAAGAAUGACAACAUUGAUGGAACUGGGGUUUGUGAUGGUGGCACCGGCGGUGGUCUCGUGUUCCCCACGACUGUGGACAAUGGAUGCACCUUCAAAGGAUUAG